GUGUACCCUUUCCUCCCACCCAACGGCUUACUUUGAAGGAAGUAUUUGAGAAUGGGAAACCUAAAGUUGAUGUUCUGAAAAGCCAUCUGGUAAAGGAAGGACGGCUGGAAGAGGAGGUCGCCCUGAAGAUCAUCAACGACGGGGCCGCCAUCCUGAGGAAGGAGAAGACGAUGAUAGAGUUGGAAGCCCCGAUCACAGUGUGCGGUGACAUUCACGGGCAGUUCUUUGACCUGAUGAAGUUAUUUGAAGUUGGAGGCUCGCCGAGUAGCACACGCUACCUCUUUCUGGGUGACUACGUGGACAGAGGCUAUUUCAGUAUAGAGUGUGUGCUGUAUUUAUGGAGUCUAAAGAUUAAUCACCCCAAAACAUUGUUUCUCCUUCGAGGAAAUCAUGAAUGCAGGCAUCUUACAGAAUAUUUCACCUUUAAACAGGAAUGUCGGAUCAAAUACUCUGAGCAGGUGUAUGACGCGUGUAUGGAUACAUUUGACUGUCUGCCUCUUGCUGCUCUGUUAAACCAGCAGUUUCUCUGUGUACAUGGAGGAAUGUCACCUGAAAUUACUUCUCUGGAUGACAUCAGGAAACUGGACAGGUUCACCGAGCCUCCUGCCUUCGGGCCCGUGUGUGACCUGCUCUGGUCUGACCCCUCAGAGGAGUACGGCAGUGAGAAGACCUCAGAGCACUACACCCACAAUACCGUCCGAGGGUGCUCCUACUUUUACAGCUACCCUGCUGUUUGUGAAUUUUUGCAGAACAACAAUUUAUUAUCAAUCAUCAGGGCCCAUGAAGCCCAAGAUGCUGGGUAUCGGAUGUACAGGAAGACCCAGAGUACAGGCUUUCCGUCCCUCAUUACAAUCUUCUCUGCCCCCAAUUACCUCGAUGUCUACAAUAACAAAGCCGCUGUGUUGAAAUACGAAAACAACAUCAUGAACAUCAGGCAGUUCAACUGCUCUCCACACCCCUACUGGCUUCCCAACUUCAUGGAUGUCUUCACGUGGUCUUUGCCUUUCGUCGGGGAGAAAGUCACAGAGAUGCUGGUUAACAUUCUCAACAUUUGCUCGGAUGAUGAGCUGAUUUCCGAUGAUGAAGCAGAAGGAGGCUCUUCGAUCCGUAAGGAGGUCAUCAAGAAUAAAAUCAGAGCCAUUGGGAAGAUGGCCCGGGUCUUUUCGAUUCUUCGGGAGGAGAGUGAGAGUGUGCUGACCCUCAAGGGCCUGACCCCUACAGGCACACUCCCUCUGGGGGUCCUCUCAGGGGGAAAGCAGACCAUCCAGACGGCCACAGUAGAAGCGGUAGAGGCCCAGGAAGCCAUCCGAGGGUUUUCACAUCAGCACAAGAUCCGGAGUUUUGAAGAAGCCCGAGGUCUGGACCGAAUUAAUGAGCGAAUGCCACCCCGAAAGGACAGCACACACCUUGUGGGGCCAGUGAAGCCGGGAACCCCUGUCAGCCCCCACGCCGUGCCCAGGAACAGCCCCGGGAAGAAAGCCCCGUGAUGGCUCAGAGUCGCGCCACACCACGGUGGGCCCAGAACUUACGAACGUUUAUUUAUUUAUUAUUGGAAACUGAGACAAAACAGCCAAACCUGGAGGUGCAUUCCCAGUGCAGUCUGCAUUUGUUCUGUAAGAAGGUGACUGUUUUCUAAGUUCUUCUAGUUUAUGUCCAAUAUAUAUAAGAAAGGCAUAUCUGUUUUGUUUUUCCCUCUCCCCCUACUUUUUAAGAACCAAUCUGGUUGUCAAUACAUUUGUGAAGUCUUAUGCUACAAAGGGGAUCUUCCCCAAUAAAAGGGCCUUGGAAACCUCA